UGAUACGAUUCAAAUCUUCACAGUAAGCAGCGUCGCAUGGCUUCCCCAAAGCGUUUGUUGUUGCCAUCGCUGCCACUCGAGAUGAUAGAAGAAAUACUUUACAGGACUCCCGCCGAAUCCUUGAUCAGAUUCAAAUCGACGUGCAAGAAAUGGUACGCUCUCAUCACCAGCGACAAAAGAUUCAUGUACAGUCACUUGGAUCGAUCUCCGGAACGGUUCAUAAGAGUAUAUGAUCGUCAGAUCAUGGAUCCGGUCAGUGGAACACUCUCAGUUGCAUUAAUCCCUGAGGAGUUCCGCGAGUCGUAUCCGAUAGAUUCUAUGGUUCACUGUGAUGGACUCUUGCUAUGUACGUGUGAAAAAUGGAAUUACAGAGAGUUAAAAUACGCAAAACUCGCAGUUUGGAACCCGGUUUUGAGGAAUAUGAAAUGGAUCGAACCGUCGGAUAUUUACCGGAUUACUGAUUACUUCGGGUUUGGAUACGACAAUACUGUAGGAUCUCGUGAUAACUACAAAAUCUUGAGGCUUGUUGUUGGUCCUUGGCGUAUUCGUAAAGAUGGUUAUUCAGAUCCAGAUUGUGAGAUCUAUGAGUUUAAGUCUGAUACGUGGAGAACGCUUGGUCGUAAGUUUGAUUGGGAGGUAGAUUUUAGUAAGUGCAACGGCGUGUCUGUGAUGGGUAAUAUGUAUUGGAUUGCUGUGAAGAAGGAGGAACAUUUCAUUGUAAGUUUUGAUUUCUCCGUUGAAACAUUCAAGGAGAUAUGCGUUUGUCCUUCUUCUUGGGUGACUCGAUUGGCCUGUUUCAAUGGAGAUAGACUCUCUUUGUUACUACAAGCUGAAGAAUCAACGGGGAUUGAGGUGUGGAUGACAAACAGUUUGACUGACGGGGUUGUUUCGUUUAGCCAUUAUUUCAAUGUAACUAGCCCUGAUCUCCCACCGUUACAUAUUCAUAGUGAAAUGGCUCGGCCAGGAUACUCCAUCGGCAAGCACAGGAAUAUAAUGCUGUGGUGUGAGGCAAGUGUACAAGAAGAAGAAGAAGAUGAAGAUGAUAAAUGGUAUAUUCGCAUCAAGUUUUACGAAUUUGAUCAAGGUGGGAUUACAAAGCAAAUCGAGACAGCAAGACAUAGACAGUAUGACUACUAUGAUCCGUUUAUUUGUAGCUAUGUUUAUGUGCCAAGUCUCAUUCCUAUUCCUUAACAGAGGAACAAGAGGUAGAGAUAUGAUGAGUGCUUUUUCGUGUUCUUAAA